CGUUGUCAAUGAAGGACAAGGAAUACGAAAGUGAAAAUGUAGUGUCUUGUUUCGCAAUGGCAGGAGAUGGUCUAAAUGUGGUAGAAGAAAUUCAAUAAUAACAUAAAAAAGCCCAAAAUUACGGACCAAAUUUUUGUGCUAUCGUGAAGUGAAACAUGGUGCGCAAAAAAUAAACGUUUACCCAUAACAGCUGCUUCGCAGGAGAACCCAGACAAAAGCGAAACUAAUCUACCGAGAUUGAAAACGGUAAAAUUUUUAACUCAUAACAGCGCAUAUUGGGCUCAUUACUUUGCGUUAGAUUUGAAGAAUGUCAGGAAUGUAUGGUUCCAAUAGAGAAGCUGUGAGAGUUAAAGUCAAGAAAUGCGAAAAAAACGUCGCUCCCGAGACACGCAAGUUCAGCGUGGAUCCUCAGAUCACCAGCCUGGAGGUUCUGUAUUCGAUCCUAGCUAAAGCAUUUGAUUUGAAGACUGAUUUUGGAAUUAGCUGUAAAGCUCCUGAUUCAACUGGCCAGGAAAGUUAUUUGGUUGUUCUAUCCGACUGGGAUUUAGAUGCAGCAUUUAUGCGAGCUCACAACCAUUCCAUCGCAACUAAAAGCGAACCAUGUCUCUAUUUGAGAGUUGAUAUUAAACCAUUCUCGGAAACUUCAGAAUGGGAUGGAUCAGUUGGCGCGGGUGGUAUAACCAAAGAGCUCGUAUCGCUGCAGCAAUCGAUUGGCGCUGGUCAAAAAUAUGUGCAGAACAAACUACCUGGAUUGAUUAUGAAUCAUAUGGAAAAAACCUUUUCUUUAGUGCAGCGAGCAUUGAAUUUGGCUGAAGACCCAUUGAUGACCCAGACCAUCCGACCACCACUAUCAGAUGCGGAGUUCAGAACAUUUUGUGAUUCUGUGGGACAGAUCGUAGAAUCGGAACAGUUGCGAAAGGUGAUUUACCUUGGUGGUAUUGAUCCCAGCUUACGAAGGGUGGUUUGGAAACAUAUUCUUAAUGUUUAUCCAGACGGUAUGACUGGCAGAGAACGAAUGGACUACAUGAAAAAGAAAUCAGGAGAGUAUUUCAGAUUGCGUGACAUUUGGCGAACGGCGGUACAACAGGGAAAUAUAGUGGGUGAACUAGCUUAUGUUACAAGUAUGGUGCGGAAGGAUGUGCUUCGAACGGAUCGACUGCACCCAUUCUACGCAGGAGGUGAUGAUAAUCAAAAUAUCGCGUCGCUUUUUAAUGUACUCACAACGUAUGCACUCAAUCAUCCUGCUGUUAGUUAUUGCCAAGGAAUGUCGGACAUCGCCUCGCCUUUGCUAGUUACUAUGGCUGACGAAGCUCAAGCGUAUAUAUGCUUUUGCGCAAUUAUGACUCGGCUUAGUUGUAAUUUUAUGUUAGAUGGUGUUGCAAUGACCUUAAAAUUUAAUCAUCUUUCCGAAGCAUUGCAGUAUUACGACUCGGAUUUUUAUGCCUAUUUGAAGAUGCAUCAAGCAGACGAUUUGUUGUUCUGUUAUCGAUGGCUAUUGCUAGAAAUGAAGCGUGAGUUUGCCUUUGAUGACUCGUUACGAAUGUUGGAAGUACUCUGGAGUUCACUACCACCAAUGGCGCCAAAUGUAGAAUUAGCACUGUUUGAAAAGGAAUACACGCCUUUUCCACCAGAGGACGUGCCCCAACCCAAAAGUCCUUGUCAAGUGACCAUGAGAACACCACGUGAAAAUCCAUACACUAAAGUUUGUGCACUUCGGCGCCAAAGUUCAGCCCUUUCUUUGAAUUCAAGCACUAACCCGAUCAAUAUUCAGAGUGGUUUCGUUAAAUUGAAUGCUACCAAACGACUAAACUUAAGUCUAGACGAGAAUAUAACACGAGAACUGCAUUCUAGCAGAAAUAUCACUAAAACUCAUCAAAGUCUAGACGAAGCAAAAAUCUCGCUUGUGAAACAACGAAAAACAGUUCGCAGUGUGGGGGACGAUGACAUACAAGAGCGCAACGGGAAUUAUUGCAAAGAAGAAACUGAACCAGUCGAUGAUGACAGUGACAAUGUUUUUGCGUCAUCCCAACCAAAUGUUCAGGAAGGUGAUCAACCCGUUUCGGUGGUAGCAUUUGGAAAAAAUCCUUUCUUGGAUAGCUCAUCUGAACCGACCACCCCGGUAGAUUUUGUGGAAAUGAGUACUCAAUCAGUGACUCCUACCAGCCAAACAAACACAGUUACCGUAAAAGAGGCACCGACCAAAGAUCUUAACGUACCAGUGAACGAAACACAAUUGCCUUUACAGCAACAUUCGCAAUCUACCAAAUCGGCAAACGUCGCUAUUAAUACUCGAAACUCGCCAGUUACUCGAAAUAAAAGCUUGUUUUCCACCGGAACGGGGAGUCUACUAGCACGACAACUUAACAGUCAGCGAAAAAAUUUCAGUACCUCAGGCGGAGGUCAUUUCAAAGAUUUGAAAGAAAAACUUGCAGCAGGCAAAAAAGGAAUAUUCGCUUCUCUGGAUAGAACCGAAAAUGAUGGCCUUUCAUCAGGUGAUGAUCGAAAGCCCAAGCUCGUGAAAAAUUUCAAUGAAUUCCUCAGUUUUGCAGCCAUCAAUCGAAGUCGAAUUAGCGACAAGUUGAACAAUAAACGAUUUCUUUCUUCGUUGGACUCUACGGGCAGCAAUACCACAUUAACAACCGGUUCAUCUGUAACUAUAGAUGAUGAUUCAACAGAAACUAUUGAGUAUGACGAGCUUAAGCCAAAACCACUGAUCAAACUAACAAAAUCUUCGUUCGAUGACUCGGACUCUUCUAGUUUCGGAGUAGCCGACUCCAUCACGGCAGUCUCUCGGUCUAGUGAUAAUAGUAGCUUUAUUGUGGAUGACAGCUCCGUGUCGGUAUCUCCUGUGAAUCAACCACAACAAGAGACAAAAUCAUCAGAUCAGGAUGAAGCGGAAGACGAAGAUUAUUUCCUUCAAUCCCAUAGUGGACAAGACGGCAGCAGCCCAGAUGAUUCACAAGAAUACUUUCCCAUGACAACUUCGAUGACUCGAGAAUUGAGAAUGGAGCUGGAAAAUUUAGAUCGACAUGUAUUUGGAAGUGAUUGCCACAACCAUCAACGGUUCUAUACAUUAAGCGGUUGCAUUGAUUUAGAUACUCCGCCUGGAAGCGGUGAAUCUAUACAAAAUGCUCACAUAUUUCAAACCGCAUAUCGACAACCAGAUUACUAUGGCCUAGAGGAUGGUAUGGAGAUACAACCAGCUAACGACAGUUUUGAUUUGAAGGAAGCAUUUGACGAUGGUACAGUACGGUAUCGUCAUAAAAGAAAUGCUGUGAAUGAUACCGAUAUUGACGUUGAUAAGCGUAUCAGCUCCUCCAGUGCCAAUGCAGAUAUAUUCGUAUGGGAGAAUCCUCUGCAUCAAUGUGAAAGUUCUCUAUCGACCACAGUUAUUGGCGAAGCUUCAACAAACAUGCACGCACCAACAACAACCAUCAUAGAGCGAACUGCAACUACUCCAGAUGAAAACCCAGAGCUAGAGUAUGACGGCGAAAUAAUUGUUGAAAUGGCAAUGGGGAAAAAAUCUGUUACCCCGAUAAGAUUGGUCCGGCGAAUAGGUGAUCAGUCUAGUAACAGUUCGAAUCGUAAUUCGAUGAUCCUUCCCGAUUCAGGAUCAGAAUCUGAUUCUCCAGAACAGGCUCACGCAGUAAAUUUUAAGUUCCAUCCAAACAAUCCCUUCUACGAUGCCAAUUUCGCUGAACCAAUUGGACGGACUCCUAAUUUUAACUUGACUAAUGCUAAUCCUAAAGGAACAUUGGUCAUUCCGAACGUGACAAACGUUACUAUGUGCAACAAUUCUUUUGAAGAAGCAUCGGAAGCCUCCAAAGUGGACAUGUUUGUCCAACAACCAGCGGCAAGCAAUCUAAAUGACGCCACCUUACCAGAAAGCUCACGCACAAUUAAAAUAGCCGGUGUUCUUCCACCUCCGCAUGAAUUCGGCGGAGGAAAUCCUUUUCUUAUGUUCCUCUGUUUGACUAUUCUACUGCAGCAUCGUGACUACGUUAUGAAAAUGGGAAUGGAUUACAACGAAAUGGCGAUGCAUUUUGAUAAGAUGGUGCGAAAGCAUAACGUUACACGAGUCUUGAACCAGGCACGUCAAAUGUACGCCGAGUAUCGGAGAAUGUAUCAGCAACAGCAACAACAAAGGAACACUUCCGGCAGUGCCAGUAUGAGCAGCAGUAUGUACGGUCGUCUAGGAAUGAUGUCAGGUAUCAACAGAGGUGAUGAAGAUUCGGCUCAUCCCAGACGCAACACCACCAGUGGGUUAACGUUCACGGCAUAGGUACUAGAAAGGUGUGAAAGGAUCGCUGUAAGCGAAGUAAACAUAUAACUGUGAUGAGAUGGAAAGGCCAGGCGGAUAUUCUCAAUUAGCUUGCAUGAAUGAGUAUCAAUAUUGAGUGAAAAUCAGUGAAAAUUUGUCACAUGGCAUUAUCUCAUUAGCCAACCCUAGUGAAGAUAUAUGGCAGUGAGCAAAUCGGUUGAAUCCUUACCGUACGUACUAUUUUUAUACCUUCGUUAUUGGACCGAUUUUUUUAUUGCUAGGGUUGAGAAACGAUAUAGUAUAGUUAUUCUAACAUAUAAGUCAUUUUAUUAUUUUUCAUGCUUCACGUCGUAUCAUUUUAGUUAUUUUUACUAAUUCGAUUGCACUAAGGGUAAUUUAUGGCAUGGGCUUUAAGUUCACAGAUAACACUACAAAUCAAAAAAAAAAUUUUUAAUUGAACAAGAUAUGCCUCAUGCCCCGUAUGCCGUUGAACCAUGUCGUUUCAUCGAAGAAAAAUAUGAAGUCUAGUGGAAUACUCAUAGAACUGAUAAACAUCUAUAACAUGGUUGAAUCAAGUACUGCACUAUUAUUCGUUGUUACGCUACUUACGGGUGAAACAAUUUUUUGGGUUAAUAAUAUCUUGAUCAAUGCCAAAGUAAUUGUUGCACAAAAAUAAAUUACAUCCAUUUCCACGAAUUUAUUUUUUUACUUUUUUAUUCUUUAUUUAUAAGUAAGAUUUAGAGACUUCCAUGUCUUAACUACUUCACAACUGAUACAAACUCGUAGAUAGGGUGUAUAAAAACCAUUUAAGAUUUUCAAUAUUCAUAACACAUUUACGUGACAUCACCAUUUGCCUUUAAAAUUUAUGAACAAUACAUACUAUCAUGCAAAUGCACCGAACGCUAAAAUCACUCCUUGAUAAAAUGUGAAAUAUUUCAAAUUAUUAACUAUUGUGGAUUCCAUCUUCUUCUCUUUUCAUAGGAAAGAAUCAAUCAAUGAGUUUUUCUUUUUUUUUUGAGAAAAUUUGACUUAUUCUGGAAAUCAUUUUUCCCAUGCACAAUAAUAGUUUUAGAUGAACCUGAACAUUUUUUUUGAGGGUUUUGAUAGAAUCCAAUAUGUUUGACUGCUAAUUCCCAUUCUAUCUCUUGUCGCGUAUGUACUGUACACAUACGCAGAUAUCUAUUAAAUCUGAAAUUCGAAUUUGCAAACUGUAUCUGGGUAUACAGAUGUUAACAGAGCUAGAAUUGAAUGUGAAAUGAGAAUUUAAAGUAAAGGUGUUUAGGUUCUUUCUACAAUUCGGUGUGCGAUAUUCAGAAAAAGGACAAUUCAGUAUAAUUAGUUCGAAACAUACCUAAUCUUUGGGGUUGGCAUCUGAGAAUCAGUAUAAGUAAGCGACGGUCGUGGUGCAAAUUCAUUUUAGAUUAUCAGACUUCCAGCUUGUGAAUUUUUAUCUUUUCUUCUUCGGUUGUUGUCUAUUUAUAUUAACAUAUUUAUUGUGUCUUAAACUUUGUUCGGCAAAUGCUUCGUAUAUAGACGUUUGUUAGUCAGAUAUUUUAAAGAUUACUAAACCACUAUAAACACAUCUUUACAAAAUCAGACUCCGAAAAUUGAUUUAUAUAGAUAUGAGAAAAUAUGAAAUUAUAAUAAUGUGAUUUAUAUUUGAUUAGAUUUCUACUACGGUUGCUUUGACGGGAGGUCAGAAUAAGAUUAUAGACGUUUAUCGAGUCAAUUUGAUUCGAUCAGAUUCGCCUCUGAUCGAAUAGGGGCACAGUAGAGGUGUAGAAUGUAAAUUACCAUUACGAAAAGAGAGUCUUCACGUUUGCUUCUCAUGGUGGAUCUCCAGUAACCUAAGUAUUCGCAUUUAUUGAAACAAAUAUCCGUGAUUCUCAACAUUCUUUUAUUCAGAUCUCAUUUACACACAGCCCGGUUUGUUGGUUGCGGUUUUUAUUUUACAAAAAAAGAAAACUAUAAUCGAUACGAGUCACUAAUGAUGCGGACACGAGCAUGUUAUGUAGAAUAUGGUGUAACAAGAUGCCAACAAACAGCACAAAGACUAUAACCGACAGAAGUGAAUCAUUUUAAAUCAAAACGGUUUGAGUUUGCCAGUUUUUGUGUAGAUUUUGAUGGUAGCCG